UGCUCACUUCGUACGAGAAUUCCAACGGUUGCGAAAAAAACAACCUUUCUUUGUACGUGGUUAUGUUUAGAGUGUUUCUAUUUUUUGUAAUUUCCCUGUGCCCAUCGGUAAUUAUUAUUACAAAAACCGGAGCGAUACUGUGAGUCAAUCUGUUGGUGUUAAAAUUUGUGUCCCGUUGAAGCGUCGACCGAUUGGUUCUCGUAUAUCAAGCAUACGAGAAAGUGAAACACAAAGCAAAUAUGUCGAUUUAACGGUAGAAAUGUUGUUGCAGAUGUGCAUAUAUUUAAUCAGUCAAGACCAUGGAAAGUAUGUCCAACACUACAAACAAGACAGAGCAAGAGGGAGAUCUCAAUUCGCUCACCAUGUCAGAUAUCAACGAUGAUAUUAUAGACGUAUUAGGAUUCGAUUUUAGUGAUAAUGACACAUGGUUGCAACCUCCUAGUCUGGGUGCCGCUGACAGUAGUCCCAGCAACAUAGACUCUUGGUUGAAAAGCAACAUAGAACAAGACUGCAACAAUCCCCAUGAUAGUAAAAAAUCGAUUGAUACCAGAACAUUCACGAGGCCAAAGAAAAGGUCUGGGCGCCUGAGCUUCGAUUUUGUCACUGAACCAAUACCAUCACAGUCUGGAAAUGUCUGGAAUCGAAGUACCCAGAGCCCAAUGAAAGAGGAUGAUGAAAACGCGGAAUCCACGGGUCCUGAAAAAGGCUCGAUACCACACAUGUUGAGACCUUCAAUACCUGGGAUAAGCGGUCUUUCUUCAACUCCACCAGGUCACGAAAGUCUCGAAGCUUUCCUGAACAUGUCCCAAUCAAAGGGGAUCGAUUCGUUUAUCGACCUCGCAGAACCGGAGUUUUCGGACGAUUUGAUGGACGUAUCCCAACCGUCGCUUCUCUACUCGUCCGUUAAUUCAGGAGUGACCGAUGAUUUGUCGCAGACGACAAAUCAAUCUUUAACUUUGAAUGAGACACAAGCAUCGAAAAACCCGGGUAUCGAGGACUCGCAAAUCCUCACCGAAUCAAUGAUGCAGAUGAGCAUAUUUGGCGAUGUCAUGGAUGUAAAUUUUAACGAUACUUUUGCUAAAAAUACCGCCAAUAUAACUGUGUUAGAGAACGAGGACUAUUGCACAUCCGGUGAUACUACUUUCCUAGCGACGACUGAAACUAACCGAGACCUCGAAUUGGUCGGUAGUUUUAAUACCGCUACGUUUAAUAGAGGGAAGUUGCAACUGAUGGAUGCGACUUAUACACCGUCGUCGUUAAAUAAAACCUUGACGAAUGAUCCUCACGCAUCUUACAUUGUGAGCCGAAGCCCGUGUCGAACUCCAGAUUUACCUACGUCUCUGAUGAACGAUUCCAGUUAUAUCGUCACCCCUGAGAUCAUCGAUAGCAAAAAUUACAUCGCAGAAAUAGACAUCGCUAAAGACGCUAGUUUCAUUAUAACCAGCACGAAUACGAAUCCCUCGGAAAAUACAACUUUCAGUUUAGUUAGCCCGAAACCUGGAAAUCAAAACGACACUUUCAACGUAAAAAUGUUUGACACGACUUUCCAGAAAACUCCAGUAUCAUCUGCUACCAAAUGGCGGAACAAUGCGCCAUCGGAAAUUCUCUCGUCGGUCGACGAAUUCACGGUAUCCGAACCCUUUAAAAAGCCAACGUCAGAAAAAAUUGACAGGAAGACAGACUCCGCAAGCGUUGUAACAUUGAGCCAAGGUGAAUCUCACGAGGAUCUCGGUAGCACAUUUUGUAAACCAGCCCCGAAGGUGCAUUCUAAACUAAGCGCUCCUCGUUCGUUGUCUAAACUCUUUCAAACUCAAAACAUUGCUCAACAAAAUGAAACGGUCAACAUGGACCCUUUUAACGCUACUUUCGAUAAGCCACCAGUAUCUACAUUUAAAGCAUCAACUAUCGAUUCAGCGUCCAAGCCACCCUCAUCAAUGAAGAAAGCCAACGAACUCUACGAACCUCCGAUGAGCGCACAAAUUGAAGAGCAACAAACUUCAGAAUCUCUAAACCGAGGUAAAUCACUCGAAAAUCUUGAUACAACAAUCACAAAACCAUCUCCAAAACUGCACUCUAAAAUGAACGCUCCGCGAUCAUUGUCGAAAUUUGGCACCGUUCCAAACACCAUGCAACAAAAUAAUACAUUGAACGUCCACCAAUUAGACUCUACUUUCCAAAAGACAACGAUGCCUUCACCGAAAACAUUGUCAAUUAGGUCCGGGCUCAAAUCGCCUUCGAAAGAGAACGUGGCGAACGAUACGUUCAAGGCUCCUUCCCCUAGGGCACAAGUGAGAUCCUAUUUGAAACACGAGCAUGUUGAUUCGACGAGUCAUGGUGGUUCGCUCGAUAAUCUUGACAAAAAUUUUCAUAAACCCGCAACUCAAAAGCUCAAUCCUCCUCGACAGCUUUCAAGACUUCCUCAAUCUUUUCAAAAAUCGAAUCCCAAUCUGGGAUCGAGUUCGCUCAAGUACACAGCUACAACGACAAGCGCACGCUCAACCAUAUCGAGCUUCGGCUUCAAUCGGGAGACCGCCCGACCGAGCACGGCUCGAAAUGUUGAUAAUUUACAAUUUACGAGCAAACUACUCGUAUUGGGAAAAAUGAAGAGUGGCUCCGAGCAACGUCUCGACGUAACCAGAAACGUCUCUGAUCUUAAAAUUUCUGGAACCGGUGGAUCGACCGAAAGUAUUGAUAGCACACAGAGCGCACACAGUGCGCCAGACUUUGAUGACAGACUCAGUGUACGCUCGGACAGCAGCAAUACUUCUAACAGUAUGAGGUCAAUGAAUAUCGAAGAAUUUCAGAAAAUCGUCCGUCUGCGAGAGCAAAGUAUAAAAACCGAAUCCACUCCGAGACCCGGGCGAAAAGUGAUGGAGAACAAUUGGGUCGCUGCUCCGAACGAUUUGCCUUCGCCAAUAUUAAAAAAUGGCCGUGAAACGUAUGGAAGUCGUGGAAGUUCUCCACGGAGUACAGACUCAACGGUGAAAACAAGUUCGCCGUUGUUGAGCCCGACGGAAUCUCUACAAAAUUUACCAAUUGACGUUGUCGAGUCGAGCAAAAGUAACGUGGAGAGAGAUAAACUAACGAUUCCCCAAAACAAAAGUGUGAUCCCAAAUAAAAUAUCGCAGGCCUCCAUAAAACCUCCACUGAGAAACACUGGUGAGCAUCGAACAGGACUGAGGCCACCGUCGAGCUGGACAUCAGCGAAUAGGCCAGCUAGCGGUAUACCAAGACCAGCGUCUCGAAUACCAGGUCCAAGAUUCGUUCGACCAAAUACAAAGAUCAAUCAAGGUGAUACGAAAAAAUAAUUUUUUUUUUUUCAAAAAAGAAAUAUAAUAGCGAUAAGAACAAGAGAGAAAGAAAUUUUAACCAAGGGACAUUGUACAUAUAGCGCUUGAAUAAAUUUUAUCUUGGCUCGAAUUCACUGCCCGAACAAAAAGAGCUCGUAUUUUUCUAUAUCUUCGGUGAAUACGAAAAAGUGAAAUACAAAAGGAAUCAAUAUCGGUAUUUUCGGAAUUGCAUCUACUAUACAAUUGCACUACGAAAUAAAUAAAACGAUUCAGUAUUAGAGAUCUUCCUUGAAAAUUUUUUUAUCAGUUUGUCAAUUGUAAUUGGACGUCUUUCUUUUUCACAUCACCAGCGGGGCAUAAUUUAGACAUUUUUAGACUGAUUGCUUAAUCUCGCCGUUUUACGCUAGAAAAUUAAAAACGUCGAUCGCAUAUUGAUCGUCUAUUUCAGCGCAUUAUUUUAUUCACUCAUAUUGUAUUAUAUUUAUUUAUUCUUCCGUAUUAAAUAAAUUUUAUAUGACUAAAAACAAUAGAUUUAUAUUUGAGAUUGAAAGAAAAAAGACGUCGAGAAAUGUCACAAAUUUAUGAAUUGGAAUUGAUAAUAAUUUAUUCGCUUAGACAAACGUGUGUACAGAAUCUCACUAUCAAGUGCAAGUACCACACGUUAAAAAGCACCAUUAUCACUUUUACUCAAACCAAUCAUAUUGCAUGAUCAAGCAACCGAUGCAGGGAUAUUUCCAUCUCUAUUUCGAAGUAGGGUUUUUUUAAUAUCCGGCCCAAAAUUGCGUAUCACUCAACAUAUCAAAAACUGAUAUCUAUAAGAGUUUUAUAUCGAAUGUUUCAUAAGUGUGUUAAACGAGAUGCUUAAAUAAUUGUUUGCAUCCUAAUUGUUGUUUUACCUUGUUGAACAUAGUUUUUGAAACGUCUUUUUUCACGGCGUCUCAAAAGUUUACCUAAUUUGCAAACUAUUACAAUUACUAUAAAACAUAUCGAGAGGCACUAAUGUUUCAUUUUUAACCAGAACAAAGCUUCUUUUGUAUAAAUUUGUUAACGAAUAUUAGUGGUCUAAUAUUCAUAACACUUUAAAGAAUUCACUCCGAAAAUAACAGUUGUUCGCGUCCAUUACAUGGUACGUAACGAAAUCGAAUAAUUUGUGCGCUUAUGUGGAAUCGCGAAGAACAAAUGAGACAAAAGUCACAGAAAACUGUUAGUCGUAUGGAAUAAUAUUCUAUUCCAUUGUGCUAAAUUCUCCAAACGGUCCUUAACGCGAUGGAGAAAAAAAUAUCGUUAGAUGGCGUUGAACUAAUUCAUUAUUCGAUUAAAGUCUCGUGCGAUCACGCAUCAAUGUUUCACAACGCCUUAAGUGUGUUACGACCUAAUUGGUUUACUGAUUUGAAUGUCGAGGCAAAACUUAUAACGCAAAGUGUAAAUAACGACAGACGAGGAUUUGGUGGUGAAUUCACAUGAUUUAUUUGUAUGUACCGUCGUAUUGAAUCGGCUGUUUCAACCCGAAGUGCCUUCACUCUGCUCUAUCACUUUGUAUGCGGGUGAAUUUUUAAAAAUUUUUAUUAUAUAACACGCAGUUUUAUACUUAUACCUAUAUAUUUAUAGCAAUUGAUUACCGCGUUCAAUUAUAAUAACUGGUAUUUUAAAAACAAAUUUAUAAUAAAUUAUACAUUUGAACCGA